AUGGAGGGCCAUUCAUCAGAUGAUCAGAACUAUGGAGGCGACUAUGAUCCGAAAGUGGUGGAUAAUAACUGCAGUAGUUAUUCGCAGAGAUACAAAGGGGUGGUUGCACAGCAUAAUGGACAUUGGGGUGCUCAGAUAUACACAAAGAACCAACGUAUUUGGCUAGGGACGUUCAAAUCUGAAAUAGACGCCGCCAUUGCUUAUGACAGGGCGUCUAUCAAACUUGUAGACGCCCCUCAGAAUUUCCCUUGGACUAAGACAACGCUUCAAGAGGAAAGUUUUCAAAGUCUUUAUGACACCGGAAGGAUUUUAGCCAUGAUUAAAGAUGGGUCUUAUCAAUCCAAGUUUGAUGAUUUCAGAAGGCAAACAUUGGGAACAGAUAAUAAUUGUGAUUAUAACAACCUGCUGAAGGCAAAUUAUGGUUAUUCUUGUAGACUACUUUUUCAAAAGGAAUUAACCCCAAGUGAUGUGGGUAAACUUAACAGGUUAGUUAUUCCUAAAAAAUAUGCUGAAAGAUAUUUCCCUAAGGUGCCGGCUGACUCUGAAGGUUUUGCGAAUGAUGAGGUACAUUUAUCUUUCUACGAUACGCAAAAAAGGCUGUGGAAAUUUCGGUAUUGUUAUUGGAAGAGUAGCCAGAGUUUUGUGUUUGCCAAGGGGUGGAAUCAGUUUGUUAAAGAGAAGAAAUUGAUGGCAACAGACAAGAUUACUUUUUACGAGUAUUAUCAUGAGAAUCCGGAUUUGAGAUUCUGGGUUAUCGACACGUGUUUGUCUUCCAGGAAUAUUAUGGGAACGAAUUUAAAACUUGGCUUCUGUGAGGCCGAUGAGAUCAGUUUGAUGAAAGAUGAUGAUCACACCAGGAUGAUAAAAGAUGAAACUACUAUUGAUGAUCAAACAACAAGCAAUGAUAAUAAUAUUGUGAAGACCAAUGGGUUGAAGCUAUUUGGUGUCCAAAUCAUUGGAUAA